UUUCAGUAUUUUAUAUCAGCAAUUCUGUGAUUCAGCUAUUUCGAAUUUCGACUGUUGAUCAUUUACAAAAAAAUAAAUAUUUCACUCCUCAAUGUAACACUGUCCGCAGCUGUCAACUGGAAAUUCAUAAAGAUUAUUGGCAUAAUUGUAUAAACCAGACGGGCGAGUGGGCGACGGAUCCCAGGGGCCAAGGCAGGCGCGCAGGCUCGGAGGCUGCAGACGUGCAGUCACCACUCAUCACUAAUCUAUCCCCAUCAUAUAACUGUUGAACUGCUACUGCUAUUAUUUCUAUUUUAUGGUUUCGAAAUUCUAGUAUUCUACUGCGAAUAAAUUCAGAUAAAUAUUAAAUAGGUGUAUCUUAGUUCCUGAGUUUAACAUGCGUGAUACGUUUAGGCGCGGCUAAAUCCACUAGUUCGGUACUUCGGUCUAGUUUAGUUUUUUUUUUCUGAUUCGGUGAUUCUAUUAUUAAAUAUUUUUUAAAGAUUACCAUGUUUAAGCCUCAUAAUUAAUCUUUAUUCAUUGCAUUAGUAACUUUAUAUAGUUAUUAGUUUCUACUACUCUGUCUAUACUCACUUAUCAGUCAUUUGUUUGUUUUGACGGCACAGGCAACAGGCCACAUUCAGUAUUUAAUUUUGUUUCUAAAAUUCAUAAAAACGUGUAUAGAGGUUUGUUUUAUUGAAUGUCAUACAUAAUGUUGUAGGUAUCGAAGUUUUCUAUUUUAAAUUACAUAUAUAAAUCAAUACCAAAAUGUCAAUUAACAGUUGUUGUUAUCGUUUAAAACUAAUAAUAUUUAGUUUAAGUUUUUCUGUCUCAUUGAUCGUAAUAAUGAUCAAAUUGUAUUGUCAUACUAUAAAAGAUGGCUGUUCAACUUAUAAUACUCCAAUGGUUAUUAGUACGUGGGCGUUUACUCAUGCAACAACAAAAAGUUGGUCGGUGUUAAAUAUGACAGGCACUGCAAUUGAUGCAGUUGUAGCUGGAUGUACAAUUUGCGAACAAGAGCAAUGUGAUGGUACUGUUGGUUAUGGUGGAAGUCCUGAUGAAAACGGAGAAACUUCUUUAGAUGCUCUUAUUAUUGAUGGAGCUACAAUGAAUAUGGGAGCUGUUGGGCAUAUGAAACGUAUCAAGUCAGCAUCUAAAGUAGCACGGCUUGUGAUGGAAAACACAAAACAUACUCUUCUUGUAGGUGAUGAAGCAACUCAAUUUGCUAUACAGAUGGGCUUUAAAGAGACUAAUCUCAGCACAAUCGAUUCGUUGAACUUGUGGAAACAAUGGAAAUCUAAUAAUUGUCAGCCAAACUUUUGGACUAAUGUCAACCCAGAUCCAACAAAGUAUUGUGGGCCUUACAAACCAAAUUUUCCAAAACAUUCAAAGCCUGAGUCAAAUCUUGUGGAUUCAAAAAAUCACGAUACUAUUGGAAUUAUUGCAAUUGACCAUGAAGGUAAUAUUGCUGCUGGUACAUCUACAAAUGGUGCAAAAUUCAAAAUAUCUGGAAGAGUUGGUGAUUCUCCCAUUCCUGGAUCUGGUGCUUACGCUAUGAACACUUUUGGUGCCGCUGCAGCAACAGGUGAUGGAGACAUACUAAUGCGUUUUUUACCAAGUUUCCAUGCAGUUCAAGCAAUGAAGCUUGGCUAUAUGCCAGCAAAAGCAGCUCGAUUAGCCAUAGAUACAAUUGUCAAUUAUUAUCCAGACUUUAGUGGAGCAGUUAUAGCUGUUGAUAAGUAUGGGAAUGAUGGUGCUGCUUGUCAUGGAUUUGACAGAUUCCCAUACUCUAUCGCUAGUCCUAAACACAAUAAAGUGUCCGUAAUUUAUACCAUAUGUUCCAAACCGAAAUCAUGGAACUUAGCCUAUUAUACACAGGCUACUUUUAUAAAUUUAUCUUAUGUAUUUUCAAUUUUUAAAUUUUGAAAUAUAGUACAUUUCAUUUAGUGUAACAUAUUA